AUGGUGGACUAUAGCGUGUGGGACCACAUCGAGGUGUCUGACGAUGAGGACGAGACGCACCCCAAAAUCCACACGGCCAGUCUCCUCUGCUGGCAGCACCAGGCCCGGGUGGAGCGCAUGGAGCAGUUCCAGAAGGAGGAGGAGGAGCUGGAGAGGGGCUGCCGCCAGUGCAGGCGCAAGGUGGCCGAGUGCCAGUGGAGGCUGAAGAAGCUGGAGGCCGCGGAGGGCGAGGUCAGCAAGGCGGAGCUAGAGCGGCUGCAGGCUGAAGCUCAGCAGCUGCACAAAGAGGAGCGGAGCUGGGAGCAAAAGCUGGAGGAGAUGCGCAAGAAGGAGAAGAGCAUGCCCUGGAACGUGGACACACUCAGCAAGGACGGCUUCAGCAAGAGCAUGGUCAAUACCAAGCCAAAGCAGACGGAGGAGUCGUCAGAGGAAGUGAGGGAGCAGAAACACAAAACGUUCGUGGAGAAGUAUGAGAAACAGAUCAAGCACUUUGGCAUGCUCCGUCACUGGGACGACAGCCAGAAGUACCUGUCGGACAAUGUCCAUCUGGUGUGCGAGGAAACCACCAACUACCUUGUCAUCUGGUGCACUGACCUAGAGGUGGAGGAGAAAUGUGCACUCAUGGAGCAGGUGGCCCACCAGACCAUCGUCAUGCAGUUCAUCCUGGAGCUGGCUAAGAGCCUGAAGGUGGAUCCCUGUGCCUGCUUCCAGCAGUUCUUCACCAAGAUCAAGACAGCCGACCGCCAGUACAUGGAGGGCUUCAACGACGAACUGGAGGCNNAGGAAGAAAGGAAGAAAGGAAGAAAGAAAGAAAGAAAGAAAGAAAGAAAGAAAGAAAGAAAGAAAGAAAGAAAGAAAAAGAAAAAACAAAAGAAAAGACUAAAGCAAUCCUGGGUCUAA